GGCAGUGAGGUGCGUCCCUUUACUCUCCCUCAUCUCAGGAAUAUCUCGCGUCAUUUAUAUAAAGGUGAUGAGGUCAGUGAGGCAGGUGGAGCAGACAGUGUCAUGGGUUAUGAGGAAGUAUGUGAGGUUCCUGGUGGUGGGAGCGCUCACCACCUGCACCAUCCUCAACCUGGCUCUCCACGCAGGUACUGGACUACAAUACUACUGUCGUCAAGAAUGUCUGACGACGUUGUUGAAGGGGCCGGUCACGUCGCUGGACCGGGACGCUAUAUUCCACAUUAGAGACUACUGGGUGGAUGAACCAGCGCCCCGGGGGUCCUACAAGGCUGACUUUUCCCUCGAUAAUCCCCCGUGGGGCUCUAUGAACAAUUGGAAAGACGCCUACAAAUUCAUCAAUGACUAUUUUAAAACAUACAAGGACCGUCUGUGGCUGAGAUACACACCAGACAACUUACCUCCUCUCCUACACCGUGUCCAGGAAGGAAGCAACAGGCUCAUACAGUAUGUCGCUGUCGAGGACCGGGAGCUGGGUCAGACUGUGAUGGUGCAGUGCUUCAAUGCUGGGGCGCUAACUCUGGGAGCGCUACGAACUGCCUUCGUCGACCUGCUGGUCAUAUCCACCCAUGGUGGUGAACUCAACGUUUUCUCCAGCAUCCCCAUCACCAUCCACUAUAGAAUGGUGGUGCUGGUGGUGCCUCUGGCCACCCAGGAGGAGGUGGACGAACUACAGUCACUUGCUAAGCGUCGAGGUUUGAUUCCUGUCUUCCACCGACACAGCAUCCACAUCCUGCUUCCUCAAAAUGAAGUCAAGUUUGUCUAGCAGAGUUUGAAUUAUUCCUUCUUCUUGCCUUCCACCUGGUCUUUUCCCUCCUCUCCUUCUUCCGCCCUUCAUCUUCCUCCUCCCACAUUCGCCUCGCACAUCUUUCAGUUUCGAGGCUCCAAAUUAAUUAUUAUUAUUAUUACGUUUUUCAUAAGAAAAUAACUAUUUUUCAUAUUAUUAUUAUCAGUGUUACUACGUUCAU